AUGAGGUGCCUGGGGCGUGGUCCGUCAGUGUCAGGCAACAUUCGGUUCAACGGGCGUUUGGUCGUCGCAAAUUGUUUUUUUUCCCGUAAUUUCAUUUUGCAUGAAAAUUAUGAAGUCGCAAUUUGUCGAAGAUGCUAAUUUAAUGUAACUUCUUCUGGAAAAAUAGAAUAAGAAGUUAGAUCUGCACAUGUGAAUUCACAAGGAUGCAGCCGAUGCAUUCAUGUUCCCUGAGUAACGAAGGCAUUUUUGACUUUGUACAGACAGGAAACCUUGAGCAGUGCAAAGUCAUAAUUGAAAAUGACCGCUCAGUUCUCAUACACAAAGGCUGGGGUGGUUUCACUCCACUGCACUACGCUGCCCUUCAUGGUAACUGUUCCCUGGUUGACCUUUUCCUCAGCAACGGUGCAGACCCCAACCUGACCUGCAAUGCAGGACAAUCAGCUUUUCAUUUUGCGUGCAGGCAAGGAAACAUUGACAUCAUUCAUAAAAUGAUCAAGCAUGGAGCUGACCUGCGUGUCUUGGAUCAUCAAGGAAAAUCCUCUCUUCAUCAUGCCGUGACAGGCGGCAGCAUUGUUGCAGUGCACUAUUUGUGGGAGACAGAAAUGUUCCGUUUCACAGACACAGACAUACACCGGGUGACCCCACUUCACAUGGCGGCAUCUACGGGCAACACAGAUAUGGUCCAAUACCUCCUCAGAGACCAGCGUUGUGCAGUGGAUGUUGUUGACCAAAAGGGGGCGACGUCACUUCAUGUAGCAGCCGAGCAAGGAUGCGUGGAGGUGUGCUGGACCUUGCUGCAAAAGGCUGGGUGCGGGAUCCUUCAUGAGAAAAACCUCAGCGGCCUCACACCACUGGACCUCAGCAAACGGGGGAAAACAUUUCGGCAUCAACAACUCACCAAACUACUGAGCCAGUACAUGAAUGUGCCAAUCCACCACAAGCCCAAAGAAUCUCUUGUUUUGUACUACUGGACACUGUUUUUUCCAAGCCUGAGUGGAGCCACUAUUCUUGUGGUCGCAUCCAUGUUGGGAGCUUAUGGUGGUCUCCUUUGUGGCUUACUCUUCCCUUGGCUGGCCAGAAGCAUCUUCACUCAAUACCACCGUAUGGCCAUAUAUCAAAGGUUGCCCAACCCCAUUUAUCUGGGAAGCCUCAUAGCCGCCUUGCUCCAUUCCCUGUUUUGCUUUUAUGGGAAAAUAACACCUAGUGUGCACCUGAGCGGUGCCCUGGUCCAGGUGUCAACGGUCCACUUCUGCAUUGUCCUCAGUUUGUUCUGUAAGGUUCUGACUCAGGACCCCGGGACACUGGACAGAGCAGAUGCAGAUCCUCGCUUCUCCUGCAUCGCUGACCUAGCAGAGAAGAAUCAAAGCGCUCGUAGGUUCUGCCCCUACUGUGAGUUGUUCCAGCCCGACUACACGAAGCACUGCAAGCUCUGUGAUGUGUGCGUUCAAGACUACGACCACCAUUGCCUUUUCCUAAACCGGUGCAUCGGACAGGCGAACCACCGCCUCUUCCUCUUCUUCAUCCUCUCCAUGGUGAUAUGGCACUUGUUGUUUGUUGCCACGGCAACAAGUUACCUGUACAACAAGAUGUCUGCCAGCAACUUGUCAUCGUGGCUCACGUUCCUGGGUGGUGAGUUCUGGGUCACAGCGAUGGUGGUUAUGAACGCCCUAACACUCUUGUGGGAGGUGUGGCUGCUGACAGAGCAGUUUCACGCCAUCGCCAUAGCAACAACUACUUAUUUCAGACACUGUGACGACGUCAGGCGGCACAGGUCACUUGGACAGCGCUGUGCGGCGGUGCUGAUGUUUUUGCUUGAGGGACGGAGACGGCUGGGCUGCAGACCGACAAAAGAUGACAGAGUCAUGAUUGACAUUUAAAACUGGCACACCUUGUAUGUUUUUACUGAUCGCCUGAACUGAGUAAAUAUUCCAGGGCCAAUUAUCUAUUAACUCCCUUUUGCUCGUUUUCAACCAAUUAUGCAAUUAUGUAUCUCAGGAGUUUUGAAAAUAUCCACAAAAAUCUGUGUUAAGCAUUCAGUAAUUUUCGUAACAAAAUAUGAACAAUUCGUAACAGUUGGCAGCUCUGAUAUGUGUUUGUAAAUGCAGAGCAUACAUGCAAAUCCCAGCAGAUCUAUGAUUAGCUUUUUGUAAUGCUAAAAAGUAGCUGCACUGAUUUUCAUUUCCACUCUGACCUCCUUUCA